CCUUCCUCUCUCUCGCUUCCAUCUUGCUCCCGCAUGUGUCUGCUGUUAGUUUACAGGUCAGUGAGGAGCUUUAAAUACCUUCUUCCCUGCACUGUUUCCCCUCGAUCCCACGGAAAGAGAUGAAAGAAUCCAUAAUGAAUCAAGAAAAACUUGCAAAACUGCAGGCGCAAGUCCGCAUCGGCGGAAAGGGCAGUGCUCGCAGAAAGAAGAAGGUCGUACACAGAACAGCCACCGCAGACGACAAGAAGCUCCAGUUCUCCUUAAAGAAACUCGGUGUCAACAACAUAUCUGGUAUUGAGGAGGUUAACAUGUUUACAAAUCAAGGAACAGUCAUCCAUUUCAACAACCCCAAAGUCCAGGCCUCCCUCGCCGCCAACACCUUCACCAUCACCGGCCACGCUGAGACCAAACAGCUGACCGAGAUGCUGCCAGGCAUCCUGAACCAGCUGGGAGCCGACAGCCUGACGAGCCUUCGGAGACUGGCUGAGGCUCUUCCCAAACAGGCUGGAGAUGGAAAAGCACCAAUUGCAACAGUAGAAGAAGAGGAUGAUGAUGUUCCAGAUCUGGUGGAGAACUUCGAUGAGGCGUCCAAGGACGAGGCCAACUAAAGGAAACAAGGGGACUCCUCUGAGUGUCAAAACUUGACAGGACCAUGAGGGGAACAAGAUGUUUUUUUCUUUCUAUAUCAGGAGGUGGAACGUUAAAAUACCUGAAAGAAGAAUCAGUCGACGUGGCAGUGAGCGUCUGUGACGUGUACAACACCUGAACGAAAUACUGCUUACUCUUAAAUGGAUCAUUUUUGAGGAGAUCAUAUCCUCUGCAGUAUUAAAAGCAGAGAUAGGAGUAUUAAAGAGUGAGGUAUUUUAGAGAUCACUCCACCUCUUCUUGUCCAUCAGACUGUGUAAAUGCUUGUUGUGCUCUGUGGUCUGUUCGUCCGGUUCUAAAGAGAGAGAUUGUGUCGUGUGCUCCUGUUGUACAUCUGUUUCCUCCAUGUUACUGAACCUUAACUCUCUGUGGCCUCGCUCAAACCACCAUAUCUGGAAUAAACCUUUGCUACUGUCAAUACAAA